AUUAUAGUUUGGACUUCAUUUUAGGUGCUUCCUGCAUGUAUACCUGCAUGAGCAUGCACUUAUAUAAGCUGCUGUAUGUGACAAAAAAAUAGAAAAUUUAACUGGACUGAUUCAUCAUGGACUGGCUGUCACUAAUGUGUGCCUGCAUUGCUCUCUGCGUGAUGGAAUCCUCGGUAACAUCUGCAACCUCAUGUAUUCAUCAACCAUCUCAGAUAAUAGCCAAUGUUGUCCAAAACACAAACAGCAGUGACGGUCGGGAAAAAAGAGAAACACAUGAGCCACUCAGGACUCACUUCCACUAUGAUAACAGUAUCAAUACAAUGUUGGACUCGACUCAACGAGGACGUCUACAGAAUGUCGUGAUUCCUGGUUUGGAUAAUUUCUUUAAAUCUGCUCUCUCUGUUAUCAGAGCCACCAGUCCCAUUCUGCUUGAGCGAGGUUGUGUUGAUCAGCAAUAUUUCUUGCCUGUUGGUAACCCACGAGAGUGUGUCUCACAGUGUUUAAACCCACCAAUGUGUGGUCUGACACAAAUCCCAGAGGAGCACCUGAAGAGGUGUGUUGAGUGCAAUGAUGAUGAUAACUCCUGUGACACCAGGCCUGGUACUGUGGAUGGUGCGGGUGUGCCCAACACUGACCUUAUCAUUUAUGUGUCUGCUGUCUGUACUGAAACUGAGGUUGAGGGAGGACUGCUGGCAUUCGCUAGCUGCUGUGAACUUGAGAAUGAGUUGGAUAGACCCAUUGCUGGUUACAUCAACUUCUGUCCUUCUCCGUUCGCUGAUCUCACUGAUGACGGAGCCAUUGCGCUGGGGAUUCAUGAAGUUAUGCAUGCAAUAGGAUUUAGUUCUAGUCUGUUUCAAUGGUUUCGUGAUGAAAAUGGCAAUCCCAGGACUGCAAGAGACCAGGAUGGUUUUCCUCCAAGUGUCCCAAGUACCAACACAGUACGGACAGAGACGUACACCGACUGGUCCACCAGAGAUAGCCUCGUCAAUCAUGAAGUGACACUCUUGGUCACUCCUAAUGCUGUGGAGCAAGCUCGACUGCACUACAACUGUUCUAACAUCAUUGGUGUUGAGUUAGAGAACCAGGGCGGAGGAGGAACAGCUGGUUCUCACUGGGAGCAGAGGAUUAUGGGGAAUGAAGGAAUGACAGGGGUCACACUGUUCACCUGUCCUUUCUCAAGGAUCACUCUUGGGCUCUUUCAGGAUACUGGGUGGUAUGUUCCCAAUUACGAGGUGGCUGAUGCCUUUGCUUGGGGUCUCAACUCUGGCUGUACAAUUCCUCACGGCAGCUGUAGGGAGUAUAUUACUCAGCAGCAAGAAAGAUUAUAAUUAUGCAGAUAAUAAUUUGAG